UCUCCUUGGUAAGCGUGACGUAAUUGUAUUGAUCGCGCGCGCGGAGGAAGGGCCCCUCGAGAGUCGCGCAUUCGCCAUCUUGGACGAAUUGUGGAGAAGAAGUUUCUUGUGUCUCUUGUAGGCGCGGCGCGAUCCGGUCGGAAGUGAUAAUCCGCGUCGAUCCGUGCGUUAAUCUAGUUUUACUGGGAGUUAACCCUAUUGUGAAUUGAUAACCCAUUUGGACGGACCAAGACAAAGGGUUCGUUCUUUGGGUCUGAUUGGUACUAAAUGGUUGCGUGCAGACAGCAUGUCUACUCUGUCAGGGAUUGUGUCGAAGGGGGAGAAAGGAAAAUCCAAGUUUCAAUCACUAGAUAUCAAUAGCUUGUAUCGGGUGAGUAGGGGCGAAUCUUUGGAACCGCAUCAGCAAAAAAAUACAUUACCGCGCAAACAUGGAAUGCAAAGUCUUGGAAAGGUGCCUUCGGCACGGCGUCCUCCUGCUAAUCUGCCCAGUUUAAAAAGCGAAACUAGCAGCAGUGAUCCAGCUGUCAGUCUUGUGCCAAGUGGAGGAAGUGGUUGGGCUACUACUAAGGAUUCCACGUCGUCGACCACUACUACUACCACAGUAGCAACUUCAUCUGAUAACACUGUUACUGUCUCUUCAACAGCACAAUGCGCAGCAGGAAACACUGUUUCAACAUCUCUACACUCGUUACUACCGGGACAACAAAAUGUAUCACAAUCUCCUUUUUUGGAUCAAACAAACAACAAAUCAUCAUGGAGCGCGAUUAUGAGCAGAUUAGAAGAUGCAGUGGUUGGUUACGCGGGGCUCGUGGGGGGCGCGAAGGGGACAAGAGGUGCCCUUGGACUGAGUUUCCUCGCUCAUCAGUCCCCGCAGUUCCAACACGAGUUUCCCAGUCUCAGCGGACAGCCUUCCGCCUCCGUCUCCACUCAGAGCCAGACUCAACAGUCCUCAACAACAUCCAAUGCGAUCUCAGUCGCAGUCCAUCACUCAUUACUGCAGCAACAGCCGUACUCCCACAACCACUCAGGAGGCAUGCCGGGAAAUCAACAGCAAUCGAAUCGAGAGUUAAGUGCGCAGUAUGGUCCAGGGCUGAGCCUGCGUCCACAGACCGAAGGAAGUUGGAUUCAAGGCGGGAGUCGCAUGGCAAGUGGCGCAGCGCCAGCAACAUCAGCUGGUCCCGGAAAUGGGAAUACUCCGGGGGGCCAGGGCCUCCCUUUAAAUAUACCUGUCUCAGGAGGACAUACCCAAGAGGGACCCGGUGGAGGGCGGCAGAACUUGGGCCAAUCGCCCAACAUGGGCGCGGGCCCGGCAGGCCAGCAUAAUUCCGUGAAUAACCAAGGUUCUGCGCCUUCUUCCGGUACCCAUCAAGUUGGGCCGAAUUUGCAUCACUUUCGGGGUCUUAUCCCGCCAUUUAUGUAUAGAUCAAAUUUUCCUGGUGGAUUUCCUCCGCAAUUUUCAUCAAAUUCUGGAUCCAACAGCCCCCGACCCAGAUUUAAUCAUCCCCUGGAUCGAUUUCCACCUCCUCAACGUGACCGUGUAACCGAGGAAGAGAUUCUGACUAGACCCAUUAUCAAGGAAGAAGAUCUUACUCGUAUGGAUGAUAUUUCACAUGAUGCAGGAUGGGCUGCGCACGAUGAUAUUGAUUAUAACCAAAAAUUGGCCUUUAGCGAUGAUGAAUCCGAAUCAGAACCAUUGAAAAAUGAUGAAAAAAAAGAAUUCAAGGAGAAAAAAGGCGAUAAUAAUGCCGCGGAGGAGAAGGAGAAAUCUCGAGAUAAUCCUCGAGACUCGAAGGAGCUUCGAGAUCCGUCGCAUCGUCCUUGGACUCAACCUUCUAUGAAUCGCGAUUAUCGUGGGUCAAAUGGCGCGAGUGGUAGUAGCGGCUACAACAAUCAAUCGCAAUUGCACUCUGUACAUUCUUUGAGAGGUGUCGAAGACGACGAGACGUGGAACGAAAGACGCAGAAUCAAGGUUGAAGUUGCGUUCGUUAUCGAACGUGCACGAUUGCGCAAGGAAGAAGAAGAGAAACGUUUUCAAGAAUCGACAAAACAAGCGGCAGCUAAGAAAUUACAGGAUUUAGAACAAAAGAUGAAAGAGAAACAGGCGAAGCACAAAGACGAGGAACGCACACAGUCGAGCGAGUCUAAAAGCUUGAUCAGCAUCCCACCUGUACCACUUCCUAUACCCGAAUGGGAAAGGGAGAAGGAGAAUAGAGAACGUGAAAGAUCUCGUACUUCAUCCGAAGGAAAGGAUGAGAAAAUUAUUGCGUCUGGACGCGAUAAUCUUGCAAGAGAAAGCCGAAAUCAAGCACUGGCAGACUUUCGUCAAAAUGACCGACAGACUUUCUUACGGCAACAGGACACGGUGCGCAGCGAGCGCGAAAGGGAACGCGAUCGCAACCGCGAUCAAAGAGACUCGCGAGAUCGCGAGCAACCGGGAUUUUCUCGACAUUUUCAGAAUAAUCUACCGCCCAGAUUUCAAAAGCAGCAGGCAGAGAGAAGCAGUGCGAAUUUCAAUAGAAUUUCACCCAAUGCGGAGAGUAGACAGAUUGAGCGAGGUGAUAAUUCACCAAAGGCGUGGGUCGACGCGAUAUCGCCAACUUUUGAAAAGGAAGAGGAAAAGAUAGCGGAGGCUGCUAAAGAAGGCCAAGAAAACGAUGAAAUUAAGCAAAGUUUAUUGGAUAAGCCAACUUUGGAAAAAAGAGAAGAAGCUAUUACCGAAGAUGUUAAAGAACAAGUGAAAGAUGAGAAGCGAGAGAAGAAUACACGUAAUAGAACAAGCAGCGGUAGCUCUAGCUCUAGAGUUCGUGAAUCUCGUGGCGGACGUCAAUGGGGUGGAACCUUCAGUGUUUUCACUCGUUGGCGUGGUCCGGAGUCUAGAGGACGAAGAGGCGGGCCACGAUCUACUGCUGGUAAGUCUGGAAUGUCCGCCGGUUCUUAUGGGCAUACCGAUUCCGAAAACAGUGCUGAUGAAGUAUCCGGCUCCACUGAGUCUGAAAAGGAGGAUAAGCGAUCCGCUCGCUCUCCGAAGCCGUCCCAGAAGGUCGAGAAAGAGGAGCGCAAUCGCGAGGUGUCAAGACGAGACGAUAAGCGAGGCACUGAGACAUACUCUCAAGCGCGCAGUGAGAAGAGAGGGUACGACGGAAAACCCAGCCAUGAGGCUUUCGCACCGUCAGGCGAACCGUCCCGUCGUGGUAGAGGCGGCGGUUUCCGCAUUCGGAACACAGCAACGGGCAGCCGCAUGGAAGGUUAUGGACCGCCGUCCAGCAAGAGUCCGUUUUCAUCGGAACGUAAUGCGGACGAGAAACAUCAACAGAAUGCCGGACGGCAAAAUCCACCGACACCAACCUCAGAGAAAGAGGCAAACCUCUUGCAAUCCGCACCAGUUGAAUCUACCGAUGACAAGAUAAUAGCGAAGCAACAAGCGCUUACGGCGGGUAUUACAGGCAGACGUAAUAAAUCCCCGAGUCAACAAACUCAACAGCCCGCUAAUAAACAAGAAACGAAUCAAGUCACCAACGUUUUGUCCCAAAAGGCGCAAAUACGAAAGGAAGAGUCGCGUUCCAAAAGAACUCGCAGUGGAAGCAGAAGGGGAAGAGAUAAUCGUGAAGCUCGUUCGCGUGGCAGUAGCAGCAAUGUGUCGAAGCAGCCCCAAUCAGAUGUAGGUAACGAGGAUUGGGAAACUACGUCGGAAAAUAGUGAGGAGCAUAUAGAGGAUCACAAGGAGUCUCGUAACAGUAGUCGCAACAAACAUUUUGGUGGACGAGCCAUUCAAGCUACAAAUCAGAAUGCUAUCGGCGCAAAUCCGCAUUCGCGUAGGAACGAACAAUCUGCGACGAAUACCAGAGAGCAACGUGAGAAAAAUCCCAAGUCUUCCAAUCCAGCGUCGCGAGCACCGGGAGCGGAGAAACGGAAUCUGCAGAACGCCGGGUUCGGCGCUCAAAAAAAUCAUAAUACCGAUGGCAUACCGCCCUUGAUGCAAAAUACGCAGAUACAGAACGGCGGAAGAUCUAGAAGUCAGAGUUCGACUAACAGCGGCGCAAUCUCAAAUAAGUCGAAUAACAAAGAUAGUAUGGUUAAUCGUAUUGACGAAAUCAAAUUGGCCGAUCCGAACCUCGUGAAUCAAGCGUUGAAUGAUCUCAAUAAAAAGUCUCAGACGAAAGAUAAGAAGCUAAUGGAUUCAGAAAUGGAAACCAACAGUUGUACCGAAGACGCUGCGAAUGCGGCGGCGGAGGAUAAAGUAGACGCCGACGGUUUCCAGGAAGUACGUUCCAAGAAAAACGUGAAAGAGUCGAGACAUAAUCAGAAGGAAGAAGCAAAACCGGUUAAGAGAGACAAGGAGAAGGAUCGCGAUCGCGAACGCGAUCGCUCGAAGUCAAAGUCAAACGGAUCGCAGCAAGUUUUGCAGCAACAAAUACAAAAUAUUCCGCCCUUACUCGGUCAGAAUAUCCCUCAACCGGCAAACAUACCGCAGAAGCGGGAAUAUGACAACAGAAAUUCCAGAAAUCCAAGACUAGCUCCGCGUUUUCAACGUCUGGUGAAACAACAGCAACAGCAGAUGUGCGCGACCGACGCGAGCGACAUGAAUAAACUGAAUAGUUCUGGAAACAAUUAUGCCAAGGACUCGUCUAACAAUCCUGCGCCACCACCGGCGGUCAACGCUUGGGAUAAACCUUUUACUAGCCAAUUGCGUUCGAAUUCUCCAUCCGCGGUUCCUACCGAUAUUCAGCUAAUGUCGAGUUUAACAACUCAAAACGAUCACAGUCAUGAAGGUAAUGAGGCUAAUUCCGGACAUAGUAGUCAACGAAAUUCCCCGAGCGGCGAGAAAACAGUGAAAAAUCUGAAGGAGACUCUGACGGAGAAGAACGUUGUGUCUGAUGUAUCUUCGCCUCCCGUACAGACCUUGAUCUUUGAAAACACGAAUUAUUCAAAGACUACAAAGACGACCGGACCGACGGAUCUGGCGGUGAAAUCAAAGUUCUCGAAUCACAUUAAGACGCAGCAGCAGCGAGCUGAGAAGCGUGCGGAAAUGGAAGAAGAGGGCAACAGUCAGGUGCAACAACAUCCGCAGCAACCAGCGCUUUCCGUAGCUUUCCCCAAUAAACCGAAUGAUCUGAUAAAGGAUAAGAAUCAAGAACCUAUCCAAAUGCCGUUAUCGUUCAACAAGAACGAGGACAAUGCCGACAUGAAGUUGGACUUUACAUUUGACUCGGAUCUUUCGCAGCUGACGGAGGACAAGAGUAAGAGCUUAGGCAUGCCGCGUUCUAUGCAUAUGACCGGCGGCCAGAGCACGAUAUCGCCGUCGACCGCAGAACUCAACCUGAAAAUCGCAUCCGUGAAGAAGGUUUGGGAAAACGCGCCACCGAUGCCGACUGUAGUUGAACACGAAGACGGUAGUGGUGUGGUCGGAAGCGCGACCAGCUUCCCGCAGGCGUUCGAAAGCGGCGACGUUGAUGAUAGUUACAGCCCGCAUCAGCAAUACAAUCAAAACAAUAUGAAAAGCGAAAUCACGACGUCUACAAAUGUGUGCAAGCUGGUUCCCCCGCAGGUGAAGCCGCAGCAACAAUCUUCGGGGGGUAGCGGUACGCAACCGGGAUCCACCGUGCCUGGGCCGAGUCCCAUUGGAGCCGGUCAGAGUCCUAUCGGCCAUCCUCCCGUUAGUCUUCAAGGUCCUCUAAGCCCACCCCCGUUCAAUUCUACAGGCCAGCCCUCGCACAUCAACUAUCAGGAGUUUCCGCAAUAUCCUGGUUCACAAGCGGCACAAUACGGCGGCAUGUCGGCCAUACCAUCGCCACCGGCAGUAUUAUUUAACACAGGCUCAGGACAAUUGCCGGCUCAAGCGGGCGGUUUAUACGGAGCAUUUCAAUUGGAUCAAAGCCGAUCGCCGUUUACGCAGUACGCGCCGUACGCUCCGUCUCUCCAGAGCUCGUUUAGCCAACAAAACGUAUACUUGCAGCAACCGCCACCGCCGCCGCCUCACGCACCGAAUGCCCCCACACCGGAAAUGUAUCAAAACAAUUUAUCUCAAUACCGCAUCACUGCGGCAGCUGCUCCCCCGUUUGGACAGAAUCAACAACUUAGCAACAAUCCUAAUACGGUACUUAUCAGCUCAUCGUCAAAUUCUUUGAUGUCGGCGAGCGUCAAACCAUCGUCUCAACCAAUCGGAGCUAUCGGAACUAAAGCUCCGCAUUUCCAGACCCAAUCCGCUCCUCAACCUAAUCAGUUGGCUUAUAUACCAUACGAUCCAAAUCAAGUGCUUGGUGUAAGCGGUAGUUACUUGAACAAUUCGCAAUUAGUACAGAGACCUGGCCCAAAUGUUCAAGCAUCUGCCAAUAGUUAUUAUAGCGCCACAUCUGCCGAUGUGUUCCCUGGAUCACAAACGGGUUUUUACCAAUCUGGUGGUGCCACUCAACAAACUGGAACUCAUUACGGUUUGCAAGGAUUUGGCCAGCAUAACCAAAGUCUGGCAACGGGUAAUGCGACUCCUGUCGGUCUACAAAACUAUGGUCCCAGUUUUUUGUCUAGUUCAGGAUUGCAAAUAGCAGCGGCGGCUCAACAAUUUCGCAAUCCCACUGGUGGUUUACCAGGACCAGGAAAUGCGGCGCCCACAUUUCUUAGUAAGCAUCAACCACAGGAGCAACCCAGACAAUUGAAGAGCCCGUCGGGAAAUCAACAAGAUGUACUUGCAUCAGUUUUUGGCUCGACUUCUCAAAUACCGUCACCUAAAUCGAGAAAUUGCAAACAACAAUCUUCGUCGCAACAGCCACAGCCAAGUCCUACACAGCAUCACAAAUAUCAACAAUAUCAGGGCGUUAGCCAGUCUGCUCUGGUAAGCAGCUACAAUAACUACGUUUUGCAACAGAAUGUACGUGGAAUGGGUAUGCCGCCUCGUGCUGGUAUCCAACCAUCGCAACAACGUUAUCCGCCUCCGAUACAGCGACCUGUAGUACCAUUUGCACCAGGUCCAAAUCCGAAUAACCCCACACAGCAGCAACCUGCUUGUAUGCCAACGCAACAGCAGCAACAAGCUCAAAUUAACCGUCACAGACCAAAUUUACACCAGCAGCAGCAGCAGCAGCAACGUAACAUGAAGAUGCAACAGCAAUAUUAUUCAUCGCAAGGAAAUGUUAAGAUGGAUUCAAAUGACAAAGCUGAUAAUCAUAAUGACAAGUUGAAUGAUGGCCCCUCUGGAACACAGCCUGUAGGUAACAAGUCCAAUGUGAAUCAACAAGAUAGUGAUAACAAUAAGGAGGAAGUGAAUCAGCAAAACGAGUGAAAUACGUGAAUAUUUAUUAUUAUGUGAAGGUGAACAUACUUGCUCUUCCAUUUGUGUGGAAAAACAUCUUUCUUUGGUUAAACCUUUGAUAUAAUUUCGUCGAAAAAAAUAAGGGCAAAGAUUGACGUGCUUUUUUAUAUCAUGAGAAAAAGAGCACGCAGUGUCACAAUGAAAUUCGUUUAUCUACGAAAUCACGUGCUUAUAUAAUCGACUAUAGCAGUUAAAUAGAUGAAUUAAAAAUCUGAUUUUUGUGCUAUAUCGAAAGAAGGAAACUUGUAGGAAAAUAACAUUAUUUAUACGCACUUCUAUCCGUUCUUUAGUUUUAACAACAUAAACUUUUCGUCUUUAUGCAUUCGAAAAGACGUUUAUAUUAAGCAUUUCCAUUAUUAAAUAUAAUACUGAAUAUAUAUAUAUAUUUAUAAGAAUGGCAAAGAGUUAAUCACGAGCGCUGAUUGAUACUGCUACAAAAAGCUUGGAAAAAGUGACACAUUUAAAAUGUCCUGUACGUUUAAAUAUUUGACUCAAGAAGAAAUAUGUCGUCGUCGAGUGAAAUGUUAGCUAAUCGAUCACAGAUGCGAGUCGGAUAACAAAAUAUUCUGUAUCAUUAUGUGUUAAGAAUUCAUGAGAUUGUAUCUGCGGGAAGAGAGAUAAAAAAGAGUUAAAAAGAAUAGACUUUAUAUAUAUAUAUGUAUAUUUAAGUAUAUAUAUAUAUAGAUAUAUCUCUGUACCCGGAUCAAUCUAUGACAAAUGAUAAUGAAUCUUAAAACGCCUGAUACAGGUUUUCUUGAUCAUAUAGAGAUAAAGAGAUGAAGCGAAAGAGAGAGAGAAAGAGAAAUUGAAAGAAAGGAAAAAAGCAAUUAGCGAAGGAAAGUUAUAAUUAUUGCAAUCUCGUAUGUAGCAUUGAAAGAACUGAAACAAACGGCGGUAAUAAAGUCCUUCGUUUAUUCAAACAAUAAGAAAUAGAUUUACUUAUCGAUUAUGAUUGUGUAUCCAUGGAUCGGAUCUAUGCAUAUGUCGCCUCUAUGUAUCGCGACAAGGAAAAGCUCUAUAUGUAUAUUUGUCGAUGAUGCGAGAUCAUGGCGAAACUUGUGCGGAAUAGGGAACCGUUGUUGAUAGGUAUCGCACAAAUCAUCAUGAUCUGGCUUUACUCACAACGAGUUUCAAUCAUUAGAUAUAUAAGAUACUGCUUGUGAAGCGUGAAAAGCUGGAUAUGGUGGAUUACGUCGAGUCUUUUCACGUUUAGAAAGAUUAUGUUGGAUCAAGCGAACCGCAACCUAAACUACUAUCGCAACGUAUGAAAAAAAAAGGAUUGUAUAUUCUCUGCUUUCGUUGCAGUUAAAGCUUUGUUAUAAAGAUAAAGCUCAUGAAAAAUAAAUAGUAGUAUUCACAGGAGCCCGUCGUUGCCAGAUUUAUUCAGCAAAGAGACAGUGUGGCCAUGCCCAUUUCGCCUGGUUUUCGUAAGAAAUCUAAGGCGUUGAGACAGAUAGGAUGUUAAUUUUCAACAAAAGCAAAAUAUACUGCCAGUCGUGCCGACGACCACUAUUCUUGAACUCUGAGAAUUUUUCAUGUCGUAUUCGUGAUAUGUCUGUAUGAAUAGUGAAACAUGUAUUAGAGAAAGAGAAAACACUCUCUUCACAUGUAGACUUGUUAAAAAAAUUAACACUUCACAAUGAAUUUAGAAAAUAUUGAUUAAGAAAGAGGACGAAGAUUGCAGUUUUACUCCUUUUUAUCCCGAACAUCUUUUCUCUAAAGCAUUGUGGGAAUUUAAAAAGAAACUUAAAAGAUGAAUGUGUAAUAUGUAAAUCGACAUAAUGGCGAAGCCGCAACACUUGAAUUAGAAAUGAGGCUACACAAUUCCUCUCGUGUUGCAAAGAAAUAAGUACUUCGUGAAAUCUCGCCAAGUAAUACGGGGGCAAAUGUAUACAAUAUUAAAAAAAAUAUUGGAAUCACGAAAAAAAUAGUAGUAAAUAUUUCUCUCUUAUGUUGUCUUAAUUCUCUAGUACUCUUAUGGCGUGCUCUAAUGUAAUUUAUCCCUAAUUAUUGAUUUUCUAUCGCUAAUUAUGUACAUAUGAGAUUCCCUCAAAUGUUUUUAUAUAAACACGUUGAAAUUUUGUCUGGAAAGCAAAAUUUCAAAUGUAUUUGAAUCCUUAAAAAUACAUUUAUAUUAUAAAUAUAAUUUUUGAUCAUACUAGAGCAUGAUAUAUGAAUACUGAAGAAUCAAUUUCUUUAUCAUAAAUAUUAUCGCGAUGGCUCUAUUACCACUUUGAUCAUCAGCAGCAUUGUAACAGUAGUAUAGGAGAAUAGAAGUAACAGUGGUGAUAGUUGGUGUUUGCAGUAAACGCGAUAUAUAAUGAUAGUAUUAAUAAUAAUAAUGAUAAUAGUAACUUUGCACACAAUGCUAGUAAUAGUGGUAGUAAUAGCAUAUAUUCACAGCAGCAGUAAUAGUAUUGAGAAAUAAUUGUAUCACAAACUAUUCUUUUUACUUUUGAAAUAGAAUUUUUAUGUGAUUUUUAUCGUUAUUCUUUUAUUAUCAUUAUUUUUGUUUUUUUUAUGGCCUUUUGCUUUUUUAUCUAAUAUAUUAUCAUUACAUAUAAGUAUAUUAUGAAAAAAUAAUUGUUAUCAGAACUAUUACCAUUGCUAUUGUUGCUGGAUGUGUGAUCACCGUUAUUUUAUCAUUGUACAAUUUAUAUUACUACUUUGUAUACUCUAUUGUUCCUAUUACUGCUAUUACUAUCAUUUGUUGUAAUAUUAUUAUUGUUACUAUUAUUGUUAUUGUAUUAGUUAUAAUAUGUUAUUAUUAAUACUAUUAUUUCUAUCGUUAUUAUUUACUAUUAUUAUUGUCGCUCUUGUUAGUACUAUCGCUGUUAUUGUAAUUACGACUAUAUAUAUUAUUUGUCUAUUACGGUUAUUUUAUUAUUAUUAUUCAAGAUACUAUUAUUACUACUUCCACACUAUCACCUGCUAUUGCUGCUGCUGCUGCAAUUAUCACUAUUACUAUCAGUACGAUUGCUAUUAUUAUUAUUUUAUAUUGUUAUUUUAAUUAUUUUAAUUAUAAUUAUAUUAUUGCACGUGUACACUCAGUGGAUAAUGAAGGUGAAGAAAGUAAGCUAAAAAGAGUAAGUAAAUUAAAAAGUAUGUUUAAUUGUAUGGGUAUGUCUCUCUCAUAGGAUAUUCGAUAAAUUUUAUUGAAAAUAUUAAAAUCUGUUUAAUAACAUUCAUUAUAUAGCUUAAAUGCGAAGUGGAUUUUGUUUAUAUCACAUAUAUAUAGAUCCGAGCUGAUGGUCUGUCGUAUUACAAUAGUUGCUCCUACAAUAUGUGUGCUAAAAUAUUUUAAUAUAUAAAUAAUUUUUACCAUAAGAACGCGAUUUUAAUUUAUAGGAAUGCGAUUAUUUGUUUAUUAGAGAAUAUCGUUUUUGCGGAUUUUUUAUGCGUUUAUUAUAUGAUUUCUUUUUUCUUUUAGCAAGUGAAAAGUUAUCCUCUAAUAUCGUAUAUAAUUACUAUUGAUGGCAAUAUUGUAAAUUGUUGAUAUUUUAUUAUAAAGAGACGAAGAUUUGUACGUUUUCCGAUAUAUUUAAUGUUGUAAGUAUUAACAGACGAAAAUUUAUAAAAGUAAUACGACAGACCUAUCACCCCAGGGCGCCUGUAAUUAUAACGAACUGUAGUUAGAAAUAUGAAAAUACUACUUAUACACCUACGUGCUAAAUCGUGAAAAUAAAAUAGUAAACGGG